CACAUGACAAAAUUUUCAGGCGCAAAGUUGGUGCAUGAAAUGUACUCUUAAACAAACGGAAACUAUCGAAUCUGGCAAAUGGCGUCCAAUUUCUGGAGUAAGAUUUGGCCCCUGAGGCCAACGCCCACUCCGAUUGAAAACACCAAGAGGAGACAUUGGACCACUUUGCUCCAAGAAACCAGCCUGAAAGACCAGGCAGAACUUGGAGAAAUUACAAAAUUCCGUUUAAUCGUCUUCCGUGAAAGUCGGUCCAAGGCCAGACGAUGUCUGUUUGAUUCGGACACGGUGAUUCGUGAAGAUUUGACCGUAGAUGUUGGACUUUCACCACGCGAAGAGUUCGUGCAAGUUUUUGAAGAAAAGUACGGCUACAAGUAUCAGCCUAAGAAGAAGGAUGUCAACCGUAUAUCCGAAAUGAUUUUCGGAAGUGUACCGGUGGCUCACGGAGGCAGGAAUUUUAAGCUUUUCCCUAUGGACAACCCUGAAGACAUUCUCUUGUCAUUUCUGACCGAUAUUGUGAAGACCAAAAGCGCUUCAAAUGGAAGUAGUUUCAACUCAUCCUUUGGCAGUAGCGUGAGCACGGUUUCUCUUGAUGGAACAUCUCCAUCGGAACUGCAGGUUCCUCGAGGAUUCCAGGAUUUUCCAUCCCCUCGAGUGAGUCGGCCGGAUUCCGGGAUAUAUGCUCAUUCCACGGCGAGUAGGCCCACAGAAGGGUCCAAUUGCUCCAGCAUCGAUCACCUCUUAAUGGGUCAAUCUUACCACUCGGGCCAUCUCCAAGAGGUGGACAGCAAAGGCUGGGAAAGUGAUCUGAGUCUUCAAUUGAGAGUCAGAUCCAUGAUGGAAACUGGGUCUUUGGGAUCGAUACCCCAAGUACUUCCUAGUUGUCAACCGGGAUCUUUGACAUCCAACUCCUCUUUCCGCGCAGUUGUAGAAACGCCAUCUUCAAAGGAGAGUCUGAACGUGCCCUCCGUUGACAAUUUGGCCAAGGAUGUAAAUAAGUCUUUUGUGGAUUAUUUACAAGUCAGAGUUCCAGCUGCAAGUUCACCAGACUACACCACGCUAGGGGUGGGUCUUCUGAUUUCCUGUCCUAUGGACCUUCAGCAGGUUCUCUUAGAAUCUCAGUCGUUCAUAGACGAAACCCUAGGUUGGGUCAAGCAAUCUACAAGCGACGCUUUGGAACAAAAGCAGCAGUUUGCCCAUUUGAUGUACAAACUUUGGGAAAAGAUCAAUGCAGACCUACUAAGCUUCUUUCAAAGCCAAAGACUCGCCGAGCUCGCUUGGCACCAAGUGUCUCAAUGUACCAUCGUUAGCGGGAAAACUUUAAUUAGUGAAGAAAGAGACAACGAGCCGCAUUUCUUCAUUCACGAAUUGGGGACAGUACUUCUCAAACUGGAACACAAGAGCAACAUGUUUUUCUUCAGCAAUAUCCUUUCGGCUGUAUUGACUCAUCAUUUGGGAUGGGUGGGCUCAAUACGACCAUCUUUUGGUGAUCAUUCAAAUUCCGAGGAAACUUCACCAAAACUGUUUCACAUUGGAGAAAAUGCGGAGAAGCUUUCUUCAGUAUGGUUCAAUCCGUUUCAACUCCAAUACAAAUCGCUUUAUGGAAUGAUUGGUUUUCCUCCCCGAGCUUGUAAGACCGUGGUAAUUGGAGCCAACGAAUCCUUACUUCAGUCGUUGAUGUAUGUACUCUCCUACUUUAUCCGUUGUUCCAUCGUGAUUAAGAACCGGUGCGAGACAGAGGUGCCCAAUUUAGACCAGAUCAUCACUCAGCACAUUCCGGUGGGCACCAAUCCUUCGGCUGUCCCACCUUCUUCUGGAGAAAUCCCCCAACGAUCCAAAGUCAAUCAGAUGCGGCGAGUUCAUACUACAAUAGCUCAUUUGGAAGAUAGUGAUCGCUUUCAGGCAGGAACGCGACGACCUCCCUUGCGCAGACAGAGCAGUGCUUCAGAGGAGGUCACAUUUAUUGUGGGUGAAAAUGAAAGACUAUUGACACCGGCCACUUUGGCGGCCUUCAAAGAGCGGUCUUCGGUCAAAGACCAGGAUUUUCAAAGACUGACGAAGGAGGGCUCUAGUAACAGUUCGGGAAUGGGCGCAAUGAUCUCGGGUGGUACUGAAGAUGGGUCCUCUUUCGAUUGUUUUGAUAAUCAAGGCAGAGAGGAUGUUAUGCUUCCAAUGCCAAGAUUCGAAAUCUUACCAAAAGGACCCAAAAAUCUCCACGCGUUUACUUGCAUCCAUGAUUCAACAUCUUCACUUAUGCCGGGAGCAGUUCUUCAAGGAAUUUUAGUCAAUGAGUCGACUGGGCCCAUUUCCGCGUCAAGCCUUCGAUCCCAAUUAAGAGCUUUUCAGCGUCAAGGCUUCUUAUUUCCGCAACCUAUGGAAGCAACUUGCAUCGUAGCUGAAGUUUGUUCCUCUACUGUCUCCCAGAUUUCAUCACAAAAUAACGGCCUUCUUCCACUUUGCGGGGCUCCAAUUGUGGCCAAAAUGGUAGAUUCUCUCCUUUCUGCGAUGGACAAAGACCCUGUAGAGAUACUCUGCCUAAUUGAAGAUCACCUCCAAGGGAUGUUGCUGCAAUCCUAUUUACUUUCGGAAUAUCUCCUCACCACCGCGGAUCUGUCACAAAACCUCAGGAAAAACAUCAAAGACAAUUUAGAUAUCGACCAAAACGACCUUCAGCUCUUGAUGGCCAUUGCUUCCGUUCACACUCCGGAAAUCAGCAAGAAAUUCGGAUUGAGCUUCGUCCAAGAUAUGAAUGUCUGACUCUAAUUUCAUGUACAAUAAAAUAUAUGAACC